GAUGUACUAUAUACAUAUUUAGAAAUGUCUUUUUGUUGUAGAUGAAAAUUCCGUAUCAAGCAUUGGCUUUUUUGGGUAAAAAAAUGAUGUUCAGUCGUAGUUAGUAAACGUGAUUUAGUGUAAAAAUAUAUAUGAUUCAUUAGAGAUAAAGAAAGAUGUGUGGAAAAAUAACAUAAAAGAUUUACAAGCUUUGUUCGUGCGUUUUAUUAAGUGUAAUGUAUCCAAACACUAGUAGUUUAACUCGAGUACGUGUUCUAUAGUGGUGUGUUAUGAAUAUAAAAAUUCAUCAAUAAUCGAUAGUAUAAUUAUACAAUCGUAUUAAUUACUAUAAUUCAUAAUAUUUAUUAUUAUAAUUGAAAUAAUAAUAAUACUUAUAUUUGUGAAUAUUAUAAGAUUACGUAAAAAAAUUUUCACGGAAAUUGUAUUCAUCUGGAUUUUAUCAAAAUGGCAGAUUGGUGGUCUACAGUAGAAACGACAGAGUCUGAAUCGCGUGAUAAUCGUCUUCGUCGAGAAAGACGUCGAAAACGCAAUGAAAAAAAUCAAUUAUUAAUGAUUGAUUCUUUUUCGAAAGAUGUAAAUAGUAAAAGUAACUAUUUAAAUAUUUUUGACUCCGCAAAACAAUCUGAUAAUAAGCAGAUUAAUACGAUUGAAACCAAGACAACUAACGAUAUAUUAAAAAAUAUUAACAAUAUGUAUAAUGAUGAUUCUAAAGAAUUAAUUAAUUUUGAUGAUCAAAAGUCAAAUAGUUGUAAAAAUGAACCUCAUGUAUCAACAGAUAUAUCAAGUUGUUUGGUAAAAUGUGAAUCAUUAUCGUCAUCACAUUCUUCAGGACAUGUGAAAAACAAAAUGACUGAUUGUAAAAAAAUCAUUCUAAAGCAUAGUAUACCAGAAAAACAAAUAGAUAAUAACAUAAUGGGUUUAUUGGAGUUCAAUGCAUCUGAGUAUGGAAGUGACAAGAUGGAAGACGUAAAAGAUUCUAUAAAAACUAUUGAAGAUUCUACGGCUGCAAUUGUUGAUACUUCUGCACAUAUACAAACUGAACAAGAAGCAUGCCAGAAUAAACAAAAAUUGAACAAUGAUGUUGUUGUCAAUCUUGGACAAUCAUUUAAGGGACAGAUAAGAAUGGCCGAAGAGACUCUCAUUGGACCUUGUGGCAAAAAGCGAUGUUCCGAUCGAUACGACAGUUCUGAAAGCUCUGACAGUGGUGUUGUAGUAUCCUGUGGUGAAUGUAGCAGCAGUGGAACAAGUGACAUAACAGAACCAGGAUCGCCUUGUAGUACAAGUAGCGAUGAAGGCCUUGCAGUUUCCGGUAAGGAAUCAAGUUCGUCGCGAUCAUCUUCCACACUGUCACCUUCAAUAUCAUCAGAACUCAAUGAGACCAGAUCUAAAUGGUCUUGGGAUUCUUCAACAGAUGCGGUUUCACCGUUUCCGUCACAUAAGCAACCGAAUCAGGAAUUGAAGACAGAUUUAAUAUCGAAAAUAAAUGCAACUGAUGUAACUACUAAAACAAUUAAGAAUUUUUCAAAAACUCCGCUUCAUCAACAAGAAUCACAAGGGAAAAUUACUGAAUUUUUUAAAACUCAGAUCAAACCUCAAGGACACAAGACAAAAAAGAAUUUAGGAGACAUGUCAGUUCUCGUGGCUAAACAUUCAUUGGAGUUUCGGAGACCAUUAACAGUUCAUCGAAACGUAGGAACACUUACUAAAAAAUUGAAUAAAGUUGAUUCGAAUAAUCGACUCAAUGACUGGAAUGUAAAAGCGACUGAAAAUUCAGCAUUAUUGAUAAAAAAAUUGUCAACUAUUACUCCUCGAGUCAACGUCACAAAGUUGGAUAAAAUGCUUGUUGCUAGGUCAUUACCAACUUUAUUAAUAUCAAAUGAUGUACUCCCAAAUAUUACUACAAGCAAAAUUACUUUAAAUUCAACAAAUGAAGUUCAUUCUAAAGUUAAUCAAGAACCAUCACCACUUACAACCACCUCAGUUUCAAAACUAGUAGCUUCGGAUUUUGAAAAUAUUACAAAAUUUAUUAACAAAAAUAAAAAUUUAACGAAUUCAUCUGCAAACAUAACUCGCACCACUAAUAACAAACCUUACUUAGCAAAUAAUCAAGAUUGUCCAAUUACCAGGUUAUCAACCAGUAUAGCGAAAUCCCAAGAUAGGGAAGACUCAUUAACUCCAGCAAAAGAUGAGGAAGAUGAAGUAGAUGAUGAAGACUCACCUAGAAAUAGUGAAUCUAAAGAGUUAGAUUCUCCAAUCUUGUCUGAGCCUACUACUAUUCGAUUUCCUGCUCGAAUUGAUACAAAAAGUGGUGUUCAAGUAACUGAAAACGGCAUUUGUCGUUGGGAUAAAUGUGAAGCUAUUUUUGAAUGUAGUAGCGCAUUGCUGGAGCAUCUACAGUCGGCGCAUAUUAAUACACAAACUGGUGGAGACAAUUUUGUAUGCCAGUGGUUAGGUUGUAAAGUCCAAGGCAGAACAUCAUGUUCCAGACGGUGGCUUGAAAGACAUGUUCUUUCUCAUGGUGGUAACAAACCAUUUAGGUGUAUCGUUGACGGUUGCGGAAGUAGAUUUAGUUCGCAGAUAACUUUAGAGAGGCAUGUUAAUAGUCAUUUCAAUCAACCAGAAACAAGUAAUAACAACAGUAAGAGAAGCUGUGAAAAUAGUGGAAAGUUGGUUCGCAGAAAUGGCAAGAAAUUACGAUAUAGGCGACAACCAUGGUCAGCGAGACUUUUUGAUUAUUUCGAUACGGGAGUUAUGGAAGGCUUGCAACACAGGUUAUUAGAAUUAGCGAAAUCAAGAACUCAUGGGUUUCUAGUAGAUACACCGGGAAAUUCAAUGGCUUUGACUAGUCAAGUAUUAGCUAAACGAGUCGAAAUGGAUGGAAAAAUUCGAGUGCUAUUACGAUGGUAUCCACAAAACAUAGUGCCAGAUGAAUGGGUUCUAGAAUCCGAAGUACAAAGUAUGAAACAUAUAAAAAUUCGCAAGGCUGCAACUACUUCAAUCGACGAGAUAAGUCUGUUAUUAUAUCCAGCGAUGCAAAGUGGAACCCCAUCACCAACAAGAGUAAAACAACGCCGUAAACCAUCUAAGUUUUCAUGAUAAUAAUUACGAUAAUAAUUAUCAGUGUUUAUAUAUAUUUUACUAUUAACAAAUCUGUAGUGAAUAUUAUAGAUAAAAUAGUUAAAAUCGAAAAUUUUCAAUAGAAAUAAAUGUCCCUUAAAUUUAUAAGUAAAUUUAAAAACAUGUGUAUUUGUAUCAACGAAAAAAAUAUGAAUCAUAUCAAUUUUCGAGAUUGGAAAUAAGUAAUAGAAAAUAUUAAUUAUCUCUAUACAUAUAAUACGUAAUAUACACAAAAAGCCAAUAGGAAAAUAAUAGUAAUAGUAUAUAUAAUAACAAAGAACGUUUAUACAUACCAGUACGGAUUUAUAUAGCAAUUCGAUGCUUUAAAACUCCUUAGCUUCAGAAUUUUUUAAAUAAUUGUAUAAUGAAAACUAAUAUCAUUUAUCUAGAAAUUUAAAUAACAUAAAAUGUAAACAAGUGUUUUGAGACUAUUGAAAUAUUGAUCUCAACUAAACAUUAAGAAAACGUAGAAGUAACAGGUUCAGUUUCAAAAAGUGCCUCACUCUUAUAUUUUAGUGGUCUUUGACGAAACAAUACUGAACGAAAUUCAGAAUUAAUUUAAAUUGAUAGUUGUAGUAAAGAAAAAAACACAACAUGAUUGCUUCUAAAUUCAAUCAAAACAAAAUUUAUCGAAAUACUUUUCUAAAAAUCGUAUCAAGAAAAUGUUUAAAUAAAUAUUUAGAUUCCAAUAAGUAUAAGAAAUAAUGACUAUGGUGGCCUUAUAAAUUCAUUAUGUUAGAACUCAAAAGAAAAUCAUUACAUUUCUGGUCGUUUUAGGAUUUUCAUUAUCGAUGAUAUAAAAUUAUUCAUCUCUUAUUCAUGAUAAUCUAAAUUUAAUUGUUUUAAUUAUUAUUGAAAUAAGACAAAUCAAUUGGGAGAUUUUUACAUUAUCGUCUUAACAUUUAAAUUAAUUAAAAAUAUUAUAUUAAUAGGAUGUAACAAAUUUAAUGUUGAUUGUUCUUAGAAGCGAUAUUUCAACUAAAUAGGGUGAUAGGGGAUAUAAGUAAAAAAUAAGAUUAUAUAGAUGAAUGCAUAUAAUGGAAUAAUAAUAAUUAAUUUUCCAGAAAUGUAUGUUUUUUUAACUUUUUAGCAAUCUAUAGACUUGACCUCAUCAAAUAUUUUUCACUGCCAAAGUUUCCUUUAAAUUAAUUCAUCUAGCUAAUUCGAUUUUACUACGAUGUAUUAUACAAAAUUUUUCUGUUAGUUAAAUAAUAUGGUUUUUUUGUAACAACUUUUUUAAGAUGAAUUUUUCGAUUAGUAAAGUAUUAGAUAAUAUUAGUUUGUAAACUUAGUAUUAAGUCAGUAGGUUAUUUAAUAUAAUCUUAUUCAUCGAUAGCAAUGUUUUCUACCACCCUGUGCUAAUGCACAUUAACUUUUGUAACAUCCUAAAUAACACCCUAGUAGUAAUAAAACAAAAAAAAAAUUUUUUUGAGGCUUUGUCCUUAAAUAAAAUCAGUAUUGAAAAAUCAGAAAA